AAAGCGAAUGGGAAACAUGCGUUAGAAUUGUAGUUAUGAUUUUAUAAAAAAUCAAUCAAUUUUGAUAAUGAAAUACAUUAAAAAAGGAAUCCAGCGGACAAGUUCACAAGACAAGUGCGGACAAGUUGUAAGCGGAUCCCUUUUUUAGAAGGAAGCAGCCUUCCAACCAGACAGUAGCAGUGGUUACCAACUCCAUCACAGGGGAACAACAGUCGCACUACGUUGCUACGGUGACGAACUUCGCAUUUAGCAGCCCUUGGGCGGUGGCUUCCACCAAUCAACAAGCGAAUCGUUGUGUAGUUAACAACGCGCAGGCAGGCAAGAGCAACCUGCUUGUCCUUGCACCCUAGACAGUCGACAAGGUACCAACGAGGCGCCUGGGUGGAUCAUUUUCAGUUCGUGGCUCACAGUAGUGUGCAAAACGUGCGUCCAUCAAAAUGAUGUCCAAAGAGGACGAAGAAGCGUUUGAGGCAGGUCUAAGCAAGGUGGAUGAGGUGAUGCGAAUCCUCAACCUAAUGACCAGCGGCGACAAAGCCAAGGAGCAGAUGGGUGUCGCAUUCGCCGACCAAUUUCUUGGCACCGAUAGUGCGACGAAGAAAAAGGACGAAACAAAUGUGGAAAACUUUAUCGUGCGCGUAAACCAAGAACGCACCGUUAUCAACCGCAAAGACGCCGCGGACGAUCCGCCGCUCGAGCAGCCGAUGCAGGACAAGUACGCCUUUAUGGCGGAAAUCGAACGCGACGCGGCAAGACGUGCGACCGAGCGGCGCGAACGGGAGCAGGUCGCCCAGGGGUUAAGGCGGGCCGGCAACCGGGCGUUUCGGCGCGCCGAAUACGAGCAGGCGAUCAACAUGUACUCGAAAGCGAUCGAUCAAAUACGCGACAGCCCGAUACUGUACAACAACCGGGCGCUGGCGUACAUACGCAUCGAGCUGUACAAGCGGGCGAUCAUCGACUGUGACUUUGUGCUCAGCAAGCUGGACGAGAAAAAUUUGCGGUCGUGGAUUUUCCGCGCCCAAGGAUACUACCGGCUGGGGGAGAUGAAAGCGUACGAGAAAAGUGUGGCCGAAGCACGGAAGCACAAUCCACGGGAGCUGCCGUACAUCGAUCGGAUAGUGCGCGAAAUUGAGGGUAAAGCGGCCACCGGGGAGGUUGUUGUGGCGGCGGGAGACGAGCCGAUGGAGGCUGGUGAGCAGUCCGGAGAGAGGGCUGAAGAGACGGAUGUGACUGCUGGAGCAGCGGCAGCGGUAGAUCAUCGGUUAGCUACGAAGCCUUUGCCCAUGGACGAUGUACAAUCGACGUCUUCCGGAGAGCUAUCGGAAGGCUAGAGGAGUAAAAGCACGGCCGCAGCAGUUGGGUCCAUUUGCAAUUCUAUCAAGCACGCUCUUUGUACAGUAAAAUAAAGCAAUUCCCUGGUAUUGAAUAUGCAAUGUUCACAAUGUAUCCCACCCCACAUAUCUCUCUGCAAUGUUUUAAACCACAGAACGCCUCCACUGGCUGACUAAAAAGAAAUGGUAGCGUAUAAUUUGAUUUUUCCACACGCCACUUCCAUUACAUUGCAACUAAAGGAUCCCCGCACCGUUUGGAGCUUGGUGAUGAAUUGUCCGACCAAGUCUGGGAGUGGUUUUUGCGGUUGAUGCGCGUUUUGUUUACAUGUUUAUUGAUUAAACUUUUGUUGCGCUACCGUGCCGCGCCGUAUAGCGCCGCAGACAGAGCGCUAGCAAGAGACGUAGCCUAACCGGGCGUCGCAGCCCUAUUGCCGUAGACAUCCAUCAUUGGGUUUUAGAGGGAGGAGAAGGAACCCACCACCAGACAAGGUCUAGUGCGGGGUUGAACCACUGGCAAAAGGAGGUUCAAUUUUGCCAAUUUUGACGCCGCAAUGUUGAUUGACUUGUGACAAAAUUGUCUGCGGGGUUAGACAGCAUAUUUCAAGUACGUUGUUUAUAAAAGGGAAUUUCAAAACUACUUUAAAAUAGAGGAAAUUCAUUACAAGAUGCAUGAAAAAAUCUGUUUCAUAAUCUCUGACGCCUUAUUAUCCCAGUAAGACCUGCAUAAGAAUGAAAUCUGGAUGCUUUUAGAAUUCCAAAGCACCAAACCACAAAACGGACACCUUACACCAGGCUUGAAAUAUUCUAUUACACUCUUGCGCAAGUAUUUCGCUGCUUUUUUUCGCUGUUGUACGCCACAUUAUUCGGAUGUGGUUCUGGCAUUGUCAUUGUCCCUCGGCUGUGUCGAUUACAUGCUGUAACAAUGGCUUCGUGGCGUAACAAUGGUUUGCGUACGAAACGCAUUACAUAUAAUCACAGCUUUUGAUGACGAAGGUACGUAAAAACAAGCGUAUUGAGAAAAAAGAGAAACAAGAAGCAAGA